ACUAUAAUUAAUAAAUAAAUAAACAACUAAUUAGUCAACAAAAUUCUGACUUAAUGGGACACGAACCUAAAAACCUGUUUAAUAAAAUAAAUAAAUCAAUCCACGCGCCAUGAGAUUAAAGUGAGGCCUUAUCUCCAAACAACACGCUUCCCGUGAUUGGAGGAAAAUAAGAAAGAGUUUCCCCACUCUCACUUUCUCUCUCUAAAAUUUACCAAUCUCUCUCUCUAUCUCUCUAUAAUCACAACCCACUCAUUCUCUCUCUAAAAAUACUCUGUCUUCUCUUUCAGUGAAAGCUGAGGAGUUGAGCUAAGCUUUCUUUCUCUCAACAAUGGCGGCUUCACUGCUCCACCUUAUCACCAUCAUUCUCGUUACUUCUUUAGCUCUUCCAAGCUCGCAAGCUCAGUCCAGGUCCACCAAGCUAUACCCAAACUACUACCGAAGAACCUGCCCUAGAUUCGAGCAAAUCAUCCAAGACACAGUCACCAACAAACAGAUCUCCAGUCCAUCCACUGCCGCUGCCUCUCUCCGGCUCUUCUUCCACGAUUGCCUCCUCAACGGUUGCGACGCCUCCAUUCUCAUUUCAUCUACGCCCUUCAAUACCGCCGAGCGCGACGCCGAUAUCAAUCUCUCUCUUCCCGGUGAUGCAUUCGACGUUGUCGUUCGGGCCAAGACCGCACUCGAGCUAGCUUGCCCUAACACCGUCUCUUGCGCUGAUAUCCUCGCCGUUGCGACACGUGACCUCGUUACUAUGCUCGGCGGGCCUCAUUACAACGUUCUCCUCGGCCGAAGAGACGGUCGUGUAUCUAGGGCUUCCGAUGUUGAUGGUCACCUCCCUCGAACGACCGAUUCGAUGUCGCGAAUCAUUCAAUUGUUUGAAUCCCGAGGUUUCUCUGUACAGGAAAUGGUGGCAUUGAGCGGUGCUCAUACGAUUGGGUUUUCGCAUUGCAAAGAAUUUAGUAGUGGGAUCUACAACUACAGCAAAACUGCGUCGACUGAUCCCCAAUACAACCCUAGAUUCGCUUCUGGGUUGCAAAAAGCUUGUGCCGAUUACAAGAAGAACCCUACUCUCUCUGUAUUCAACGAUAUUAUGACCCCAAACAAGUUCGACAACAUGUAUUACCAGAACAUACAAAAGGGACUAGGGCUUCUGAAAACGGAUCACGGACUCCACAGUGAUCCAAGAACAAGGCCUUUCGUUGAUUUGUACGGGAAAAACCAAGAAAGGUUUUUUCAGGAUUUUGUUCGAGCAAUGGAGAAGCUUAGCAUUCUUGGAGUGAAGACCGGAAGUAAAGACGGAGAUAUUAGGCGAAGGUGUGAUCAAUUCAAUUAAAUUUGAGUGAGUUAAUCUAUAAAAUUAGUGCUUUGAUCAAGUUCAUUAAUCAAUUAAUUAAUUUAUAUAAAGAAAAAGUUAUUGUUGUUGGUAUUGAUUCAUGGGCUAUUCGAGUAAAGAGGGAAAGUUUCUCUGUUUAUGUGCAUCUUCUUGUUGAGGAUCAUAUAUCAUAUUUCAUCUGUAUACAUAAAAUGGUUUUGUAUCAAGAAGAUAUAUAUAUUCACUUUAUAUUAAGAGCUUAAAAGUUUAUACAAUAAUGAUAUUGAAAAUGAGUGAAGAGUGUCAUAAAAA